AUGCACGAAGAAUACCCAUCAGUCAUUCACUUGGCUGUUCACUUGCCCGGCGAGCAACCGGUAUACUAUGGAGAUAACUCCAACCGGGAGGAGUUGAUACAGAGGAUGCAAAACUCGAGAACUACACUGAUGACUUAUUUUGAGUACAAUACAGAGCACGAGGAUGGUACCCGGUAUCUCUAUCAAGAUUUCCCGGUGUACUUUACCUAUGACGCUAAAUCGCGGAAGUGGGCAUCCAGGAAGAGAGGUGUGGCUAUUGGACGUAUGUGGCAUUGCAAUCCUAUGAUGGGAGAGAAAUACUAUAUGCAUCUACUGUUAACCGUUAUCCCUGGCGCAAAAUCUUUUGAUUAUCUGAAAACUGUCAAUAAUGUGCUGUAUCCUACAUUCAAGGCUGCAUGCAUUGCCCUUGGCUUAUUGGACGAUGAUCAAGAGUGGGUGCAGUGCUUUACCGAAGCAAGAAUAUUCUCGAGCGGAUAUUCCCUCCGUACACUCUUCACCACUGCCUUGCUAUUUGGCAACGUGACUGAACCUCUGCAAUUAUGGGAUAAAUUCAAGUCAAAUAUCUGCGAUGACUUGCCCCGAGCUAUGGAAAGAAACACAGGUCUCAUUAUCCCCCCUGAGCUUCCGGAUGCCCAUCUGGACUAUGGUCUCUACCUGAUAUCACAGAUUCUUGCCGACUCCAACAGAACGCUUAACGACUUUGGGUUGCCCCUCUAUAUAGUGGAUUGGAACCGAACAGUUGGGAACGAGAUGAUUGCAUCAGAACUACGAUAUGAUAUGGUUGCGGAAGCGGCAAGUCUACAGUUGAGGAUCACACAACUCAAUUCAGAUCAGUUGGAAUGCUUUAAUACUAUUACACACAGUAUUGAAGAAGCUGCGUCCGCCCUAUUCUUCAUUCAAGGGCCUGCAGGUACUGGAAAAACGUUCCUAUACAACGUUAUCUGUAACCAUUUCCGCUCCCAGGGUAAGAUUGUGCUUUGUGUUGCCUCUUCUGGCAUUGCGGCUGUAACGGGGGUCCUUUCUAAGAGGAAUAGAUUUGUAUAG